UCUAUGCCUCUAACCUAUGACUUUAACCUUAACUAAUUUGUAUUUUGAACAGUUUUGUUCUUUCAAUUUUUAAUGUUUCAUUACCAAAAGGAAUAAUUGAAUUAAUUAAUAAUAAUUACCCAAAUAUAAUAAUUAUGAUAAGUUGUUUUAAGGAAAGUUGAACAUCGCAUACUAACAUCAUUUCACCCGAAUUAGAAAGAAUUACUGCUGAAAUCCAGUACAAAAAAAACCGAAAAUGGUAGUACGAAAGUUCGAAGAAGAAUUGAAGUACAUGGAAAAACUAAAUCCAUACUGCUGGAAAAUUAAAAAAGGCUUUCAGCCCAACAUGAAUGUGGAAGGCGUAUUUUAUGUUAACUCAACGUUGGAAAAAUUAAUGUUAGAUGAACUGAAAAAUGCUUGUAGACCUGGCAUGACUGGAGGUUUUUUGCCAGGAGUUAAACAAAUAGCAAAUGUUGCUGCUCUUCCAGGUAUUGUUGGAAAGUCUAUAGGACUUCCAGAUGUUCAUUCUGGAUAUGGCUUUGCCAUAGGUAACAUGGCAGCAUUUGAUAUGAAUGACCCUAAUUCGGUAGUUUCACCAGGAGGUGUUGGUUUCGACAUCAAUUGUGGUGUAAGAUUACUUCGUACAAAUCUUUUUGAAAAUGAUGUUGCACCUGUAAAAGAACAGUUGGCUCAGAGUCUGUUUGAUCACAUUCCUGUAGGAGUGGGUUCAAAAGGUAUAAUUCCAAUGAAUGCUAGAGAUUUGGAAGAAGCUUUAGAAAUGGGCAUGGAUUGGUCACUUCGUGAAGGAUAUGUUUGGGCAGAAGAUAAAGAGCAUUGUGAGGAAUAUGGUCGUAUGUUAAAUGCAGAUCCAAAUAAAGUUAGUUUUAGGGCAAAAAAAAGAGGAUUACCACAGUUGGGAACUUUGGGUGCUGGUAAUCAUUAUGCAGAAAUCCAAGUAGUAGAUGAAAUUUAUGACAAAUGGGCUGCAUGCAAAAUGGGGAUUGAAGAAAAAGGCCAAGUUUGUGUAAUGAUCCAUUCCGGAAGUAGAGGAUUUGGACAUCAAGUUGCAACAGAUGCAUUAGUUCAGAUGGAGAAAGCAAUGAGUCGAGACAAAAUAGAAACAAACGAUCGGCAACUAGCUUGUGCCAGGAUUAACUCUCAAGAAGGACAAGAUUAUUUAAAGUCCAUGGCUGCUGCUGCUAAUUUUGCAUGGGUUAACAGAAGUUCCAUGACUUUCUUAACUAGACAGGCAUUUGCCAAACAAUUUCAAACAACUCCAGACGAUUUAGACAUGCACGUGAUAUACGAUGUAUCUCAUAACAUAGCAAAAGUUGAAGAACAUGUUGUAGAUGGUAAAUUAAAGACACUUCUUGUACAUAGAAAAGGAUCGACCCGAGCUUUUCCACCAAAUCAUCCUUUAAUACCAGUAGAUUACCAAUUAACUGGCCAACCGGUACUAAUUGGGGGAACGAUGGGUACUUGCAGCUAUGUUUUAACGGGUACUGAGCAAGGAAUGAUAGAGACAUAUGGGUCUACUUGUCACGGAGCAGGUCGAGCAUUAUCAAGAGCAAAAUCGAGACGUAAUUUAGAUUACACCGAUGUUUUGGCAAAACUGGAGGAAAUGGGAAUAUCAAUUCGAGUAGCAUCUCCGAAGCUGGUUAUGGAAGAGGCCCCAGAAUCUUAUAAAAAUGUUACUGACGUUGUUAAUACUUGUCACUCUGCAGGAAUCAGCAAAAAAUGCAUCAAACUAAGACCGAUUGCAGUUAUUAAAGGCUAAUGUUUUAAUAAAAGAAGUGUGGCCUACAUUUUGUAAAAACAUUAAUAAGUUCUUGUAUUUAUUUUUUUUUUGUAAUAGAAUUUAUCUUUUAUGAAUAAACAUGAAACAUUCACUUAA